AUGGGCUAUAAUACUAAGGGUGAUGAUAAUAAUAAGGUUGAUAAUACUAAUUAUCAUCGAAAAAUCACCAGAUAUGUGGUGGCAGCUUGGCUUUUUGGUGCGGCCAGUGGACUUAUGUAUGGAUACGAGAUCGGAAUAUCCGGUGGUGUGACAUGCAUGGGUCCCUUUUUGAGUAAAUUCUUCCCCCAAGUUUAUGGGAAGGAGGAGGUUGAUCAAUCAGUGAAGCUGCAAUAUUGCAGAUUUGACAUAGUAUUAUUCAUUCAGUCGCUGCCACAAUACGUCUCCGGGAUGGCUGCAUGUUUUUACCAUUUGAGCAUGAUGGUUGGCAUAUUGAUAGCCAAUUUCAUUAACUUCGCCACUUCAGAGAUGAAGGAUGGCAGGCGUUAUAGCUUGGGUGGUGCUGGAAUCAUCGCUUUCUUUAUAAUCAUGUCAGCAUAUUUCAAUUCUGAGACUCCAGAUUCUCUGAUAGAGAGAGGCAAGUAUGAGGAGGCCAAACAAAAGCUCAAAAACAUUGGUGGCGUCGUCGACGACAUUGAGGCCGGGUACGACCACUUGGUGGACGCUAUUCGAGAAUCACAGAAAGUGAAGCACCCUUGGCGUAACAUCCGAAAGAGGAAAUACAGACCUCAACUCGUUUUGUCCAUUUUCAUCCCAUUAAUCCAACGACUCACUGGUAUGAGUGGUGUCUUGCUCUAUGCUCCUGUGCACUUCAAAACCCUAGGUUUACCAAAUGAUGCUUCGCUCUUCUUGGCAGUCAUUGCCGGUGGUGUCAAUGUUGUAGCAACCAUUUUUGUAAUUCAUAAGUGGUUUAGGAGGAAAAUGUUUUUGCUUGGUGGUAUCCAAAUGUUCAUACUUCAGAUUGCAGUGGCAUUUCUUAGUGGGAAUAUAGAAAUUGGAAUGUGGGGUGUAAUGACCGAUUUGUCCAAAUGGUAUGCCAUUCUGGUAGUGUUGUGCAUCUGCUCUGUUGUUGCUUGUUAUGCUUGGUCAUGGGUAGCAUUAGGAUGGGUGGUGGCAAGCAAAAUAUUUCCACCGGAGAUACGUUCAGCUGCGCAGAGUAUUACAAUGGCUGUCGGCAUGCUCUUGGAUUUCUUUGCACAAUUCUUCCUCAAGAUGCUUUGUGGUAUGAAGUACUGGUUGUUCGUCUUUUUCGCGUGUUUUGUGGCCAUAAUGAGGGUUUUCGUGGCCCGUUUUGUGCAUGAGACGUAA